AUGGAGUUUGAAGAACGUGCUAAUAUGUCAGGUAAGCAAUCUACUGAUCUACAAUCACCCUAAACAAGUUUAAAGAACAAACAAACAAUAAGAAUGCUAUGGAUACAUUUAGUAUUAGUAUUACAAUAAGAGUCACUUUUUGAAAGUAUGGUUAAAAUGUGCAUAAUUUUCUACUGUCCUAGGUUGCUCAGAUGAGAUUGAUGAAAAAGAAGACCCUCUCAGGUACAUUUCAAAUAUGACCCUAAUGAUGACCAGUGGGUCAAAAAAGUAUUUUAACUGCCACAUUCACACAAAAAAUCAGAAGAAAAGGGCAGUCUGCUUCUCACCUGAAAAGAAAAGUCAAAUGACUAGACUUCAAGAGCAGAAAUUCCCAGUAAAGAAAUCCAAAUUCAAGAUAAACUGGAAUUCACUGACAAGACAUUGUCAUCAACCAGGAUACCAAUAUCUUGCACACAACACUAAGUGACAAGAAUGCUUUUGUUCCUGUAACUGUUCCAACAGACUCCAUCAUGCCCCUAGACUCCCUGACAAAUGCUGUCCCAGAACAGCCUAUCACAAUAAUGGUCAAAGUGUUCAACCUAUCCCAACCCAAGAAGAUCAUAACUUGCAACAAAACAGAACUUACCAAACAGGAUGGAACACCUAUGGACCCAACAGGACAAAUCAACAUUGUUCUUUGGCAGGACUAA